CAUCUUUCUAUAUAAAUUCCAUAAUUUCCUAACCAUCCUUCCCUUCGUCCUCGUGGCACUGGCACCGUCCACUUCCUUCUUCUUUCAGAGGAUUCCUUCAAGAUUAGGCGUUCUUCUGGGAAGUCCAACAAGUUUUCGAAGAUGAAUCAUUGUAAUCUUCAGCAGAAUGCCGUCAUGCCCUACGAGGAGAUGAGGGGCUUGGUUUCGAUUUGUGAUCAGAAGGAUCCAGUUGUUUGCCCUAAGCCUCGACGGGUAGGAAUCCUGGCUAACAAUCCCAUUUGGCCGUUGAGGUUGCACAUGAGCCAAACUGCUGAGGUCUAUGAUUCCAAAGCUGGUGCCGAUCUUCUUGAUAUCAUCCUCAUGAAGGAGGGUUAUGGGACAGGGCAAUCUGUAAUGCCAGUAGCAUCAUCACCCCCAUUUUUUUCAGGGUCUCCUCCAAGCAGAGCUGCUAACCCAUUAGUACAGGAUGCUCGUUUUGGAGAUGAGAAACUCACCCCGUUGACAUUACCUCUUCCUUCCCCAUCAGGUUUACCAUCUCCCUCAUCAUCAGCAACCCCCCGAAAAGGUGGUUGUGUUAGGAUGAAGUUUGGCCUUAAGCCGGCCACGGUUAGAGUAGAAGGAUUUGAUUGCCUCAACAGCGAUCGCCAAAGUUCAAGUAUCCCUGCUGUGGCUUAGAACUCCCCAGUGGAAGUGUACAUAUGAUUCUAAAAGCCACCAUAAUUAAAUAUUCACAGCAAGUUUAACAACAAGGAGGGAAUUUUGAGUAUUUUUGCGGAGAGAUAAGAAAGGUCUGUUAGUACUAGUGUGUAUAUAUCAUGUGUUUUUGUCAGUGGUCUUAUUUGAUUGCUAAUAUCUUUGUAAGUAGUUUGAUUGGAGCAGAAAGAGAAAGGUGCCAACAUUGUGUUGUCUAGAAAAGGUUUGAACAUGGUAAGAUGCUCAAACCUUUUUGUUUUUUUGUAAUAUAAGAAGGUUUAAGUACUGAGUCUUUUGAAAUCUUUGGGGAUCACCAUGAAAUAUUCUGUAUAGUCUAUAGAGAACCCCCUCUUGGUGAUUUGAGUCUGUGGUCAUUCAGCCUGUAAAUGUAUUUUCGUAAUUGUCAAAUAUGUUCAUCUUGACGAGGAAAAUUGGCUCUUCGUUCGUGUUCA